AUGAAAAUGUCUGCAACAACUUCAUCGUAUGCCAAGGCUGCUCUAAACCAACAAGAUCCUUCCAUCUCUGAUAGUCCAGCUCCUUCUGCUCCUGCUCCUGCUCUUGCUCCUGCUCAAGAUCCAGCGUCCUCUCAACAGCCGGUCCCUUCUUCCCCAAACCAGAAGGAACACGUGGCUCCAGAACUAGCUCCUGCUCCCCUACCUUUAACUAACGCUUGGGGCAAACCCACACAACAGACAACCCCAUCGGUUGAUUUGGAAGCUAUAUUGGACUCUAAGCUCCAUUCCCAGAGCGGACCAUCCUCUUUGUCGGUCACCUCUCCAACCGGUAAAUGGGUGCCCUUUAAAGGCGCUACAAUCACCAUCUCAGAUUCUUCCACUUACUCAAACAAGAGGAAACCUAGAAAAUCGAAAAAGAAAUCAAACCCAACCGAUAGUAAAAAGUCAGGUAAUCACAUUCACAACAAUAAUAGCAACAAUGCUGCCAAUAACAGAAAGUCUGCCAAGACCAACUCGGAAAAGAGAGAUUCCUUUCCAAGUGUUUCCUUAAAUCAAACUUCUGAAAAUGUCGAAGAUAUGGGAAACGUGAAUGAAAAUCCAGACACUUUGCUAGUUGAUGGCCAAACCAACGACCAACCAAAGUCACAUGGCGAAACCAAGACCGAAAAUGGAGCCAACAACAGUACUAACGGUGUCAACAACCUCCAUCAAACCCAAAGACAUCAUAACAACCAAAGGUAUAGUACCCAGCAACGUCAUAAUGGUCACUCUCAUCAUCAUGCUCAUCACCAGAACCAUAACCACACCAACAACCACAACCAUCGCCACCAUAAUUACUACCAAAACAAUAACCAAAGACAUGGCAAUGUCCAACAUGGAUAUCACCAACACAGAAGUAAUUACAGAAACUACAACAAUUACAACCGUCACUACACAAACCACGGUGGUAACAUUAUGAAUUGGAUCGCUGAUUCUCGUAUACAUGCUGUUGCAUCGGUUGCUGCACAAUUGAACUACUACUUUGACAUCUCAAACCUCUUGAAAGACAUCUACCUAAGAAAACAUAUGAACUCUCAAGGUUGGAUCGAUUUGACAUUUGUAUCCCAAUUUUACAGGGUUCGAGCUUUCAGUUGUGGCGACCUCUCGGUCAUUAGAGAUGCAUUGGACCAAUCGCUUCAUUUUGAAUGGGGCUAUCUUGAGUCAAAGGAAGACGCAUCUGACGAAACAAACCUCACCAACCCAAUCCAGAAAAUCAAAGUUAGGGCUAUCAAGAACCCACUCAACUGGGUGUUGUCUGAGACAGAACGUGAAGGUUGUGGUUUGGAUGAGCUUUGUCCUACUGUUAUACAGGCCAAGUCUGAACCAAAAAUCAAUGAGGAGUCAGGAGUGAACAAAAACACCCCCACUCAAGAACAAACCGAAUCUAAUACAGAAUCCAACAAUGACAAAAUAUAG